AGCAUGUUCGGGUGAGGCCUUUUGGGGCGCUCGGGGCGGCGUCUCGGGCUCAGUGUGGGCGGCGGCAGCGGCCGGGGAUGCGGCGGCGGCAGCGGCUCUUCUUGAUGGCGUCGCCGCAGCUGCCGGGCGCGGCCGGACGGAGGUAGCCGGAGCCGCGGCGAGGCGGGCCCGGUCGGGCGAGCGAGCGAUGGAGGAUCAGGCGGCGCAGGAGGAAGGCGAGGCCGAGAUCCAGGAGCUGCACGGGCCCGAGCACUGGUUCAGCCAGUGGGAGCGGCAGUGUCUGGCCGAGGCCGAGCAGGACGACGGCGGCGGCCUAGGCGGCGGCGGGGGCGUCCCUCUACCACCCGAACUGCAGGACGACGACGAGGCGGCCGCCACCGCCACCCCGCAGCCGGAACCCAAGCAGCAGAAGCUCUGGCACCUCUUCCAGAACUCGGCCACCGCCGUGGCGCAGCUCUACAAGGACCGCGUGUGCCAGCAGCCCGGCCUCUCCCUUUGGGUGCCCUUCCAGAACGCGGCCACCGCCGUCACCAACCUCUACAAAGAAAGUGUGGAUGCCCAUCAGCGGAGUUUUGACGUAGGAAUCCAUAUUGGCUACCAGCGUCGUAAUAAGGAUGUCUUGGCUUGGGUUAAAAAGCGCAGAAGAACUAUUCGCAGAGAAGACUUAAUCAGCUUCCUGUGUGGAAAAGCUCCUCCUCCACGAAACUCUAGAGCUCCCCCAAGACUGACUGUAGUAUCCCCUAACCGAGCGACAUCCACGGAAACUAGUUCUUCGGUCGAGACGGACUUGCAGCCCUUCCGGGAAGCCAUAGCUCUUCAUGGUCUCAGUGGCGCAAUGGCCAGCAUCAGCGUCCGCUCGAGCACCCCGGGCUCCCCCACUCACGUGAGCAGCGGCUCCAACGGGAGUCGAAGGAGAAACGGACUCCAUGAUGUUGACUUGAACACUUUCAUAUCUGAAGAAAUGGCACUCCACUUGGACAAUGGUGGAACUAGAAAGCGUACCUCAGCCCAGUGCGGUGAUGGCAUUACGGACUCCCCGACCCAUAAACGCAACCGUAUGAUCUAAAUGGCAACAAUUGUUUUCACCCUCCCCCCCGCCCCUUUGCUAAAAACAAAAAACAAAAAAACCCCGCCCACUGGUGCUCAUCCGCCCACUGGGAAAACAAACUUGAGGUUCUCCCUUCGCGAGUCACACAAAACAUGGCCAUAAACGAAAGAAUUACACCCGGAGGGCAGACUCCUCUCGAACCUCUAUGCCUUUCCUCAGAGUAGAUUCUUUAGCAAGAGGAUUUCCAACGUUGUGUAGUAGCUAGCAAGCUCAUCGCAGGUUAGAUCACACAUCCAUUCCAAGGCUAAAAGUGACCUUACAUGUACUCUUAAAGGGAAGAAAGGAAAUAUCAGACAUUUUAUUUGGUUAUAGAAUGCUUUUUGUCCUUUAUUUCUUGCUGUGUUUCAAUCUUUGCUUCAACAGUAUUGCCACUUUAGACAACAGCGUCAACAGCGUGACUUGGCAAGCAAGACUCACAUGCUUCCUUUAGAGAGAGAAUAUAUAUAUAUAUAUAUAUAUAUAUAUAUAUAUAUAUAUAUAUUUGUUCAUUCUUAAAUAUAUUAAUAUUUUCCUUUUGAAGCCUACUAGACACAUAAUUUUCUAUUUAAACAAGUGUACACAUUAUAAGCAUUGGCUUGUGUCCAUUUUUUAAAAAAUUUACAAAGCAGUUGACAGCCGGGAGGUGAUGUAAACAGGUUCCCUGGUGGUGAUGCGGCAGAGACUUAAGUCAUUAUGAAAAGUUUGUUUGUUGGGGUUGUGUGUGUGUGAGCUCUAAAGCAGUUGCCCCCAGGCUCCCCUCUUCCACUUGCCCCAGGAAUGUCCACCUGGAAGGUUUUGAAUGGAUUGCUUAAGUCAGCCAGCUGAGUAUUUUGAGAGUCGGAGGAAUGUGUUUUGUCACUGGGAGGAGAUGUGAUUUUGGGUAAUAGAGGUACGUAUCCUACCCUUCCUCAGUGUGCAGGGAGAAAACUGGGUGGGUAGGAAAUGUAUAUUUUUUUUAAAGGGGGUUUGGCCUUUGUUUCUUCCCAUCAUUCUGGUGUGUGUGUGUGUGUGUGUGUGUGUGAGGUUUGAGGGUGUUUCUUUGACAUUUGGGCGAGACGGAGAACCUCUUGUCCCCUGAGAGGAAGGUCUGUUUUGGGGGGCCUGAGUGCCGAGGGCUGCAAAAUUAAGCCGGACCCCAGUAUUGGGGUUGAGCUGGCCAAGCCUUCCAUUACCAGCAGAGGGAGGGUAAUGUUGGUAUAGCAAAAGGAAACCACCGUUUUUGAGUCAGGUAUGUGACCCACCCACCCAUCAAGCUACCUUGAGAAAGGUAAAAGGGAGAGGGCCAGGACAUAAGGGCUGGGUCCAAAUUCCCCUCCCUUCCAAUCUUGGCACACAGAUCCUCCUUUCUGGGUAGCUCCAGAGGCCUGUUGCCUUUUUAUCAAAGGAAAUAAUUGUAACAACUCCCGGAAAGCCCUGGGAGUUUGAAAAUGGUAGCUUAAUCUCCUCCAUUCUGGUGCCCACCAGGUGUGUUUGGCUACAGUCCCUUCGUCCCUUGCCUUCUGGCUGAGGAUGAUGGGACCUCUAGUCUGCCUCUGCUGCAAAAGGGCAGUUUGCAGAGUUUCAAAAUAGCUUUGGAACCAGAUUCCCCUCGAACGUUGCUUGACUGGGCAGCUAAAUGCACUGUAGGAUUCUUAGUUUAGAAGCCUCUUCAUUGCCCCUUCAAGUCAGAUGUUUUCUCCCAGAUCUCUCGUCUCUCCCAAGGCUUCCUAUUUCUCUUCAUUUGGGAAUGGUGGUGUCAAAUCCAUGGAGACCUGUCUAAGCAGCAGAAGUCCUUGCAAUUGGGUGUUUGUGUGUGUGUGGGCUACUUCAAGAAGGAUUUGGGCAACAGUAAGGGGACCUGUUGAAUUGCGCACCCUUGUUUUUGCCUUUAGAAAAAAAGUGCAGUGUGAAGCACAGGGUACGCCAACUUUAAAAGGCCACGGAUGUUCUCAUUUACUUCGUGGAUAUUUUUUAAAAAACCAAAACACUGCUAAUUGCAUCUUGAAAGUUAAAAAAAAAUGACUACGAGAAUUUAAAAUUAUUUUCCAGCCUCGAGUCUCCGGUUGCAUUUAUCUUUUAAAUGUUCUUUUGAAAGAUUGCCAGUGCAGCUCAUGGAUGGCUUCUUGAUUUCAUGAGAGAAUCCAGACUGCAGGGUGUCUGGGUGGGGUGGUUCUUUCGUGGUUCAAAGAAGCAUUUCUCUCGAGAAUUAAAGCACUUAAAUGUUGAUGGGUGCAGGAUUAAGAUUAGUGCAAAAAGAUUUUUUUAAAAAUUCUGCCCAAAAAACAAAAUAAAAAACAAAGAAACGAAUAAAAUUGUAACCGUUCCACCCGACUAGUGAGCAGAGCCAUCUAAUAAUACUCAGACAGACAGAAGGAAUUGGCCUGGCAUGGAGAAAGGAGACCUUGGGCCACUGAUAAAACGCACAGACUCCUUGAUUUAAAUCACCGGUGCACUGAAUGAGUAUGGAGCUUUGCUGAGGGUUUUUGGUCCCUGCUUUCUCCAAAGUAGUUACGAGCCCAGCCCAAAAUGCUUAGACAGGUGGUCAAGGUUGCUUCCCAGGUAGACUGAUAAAAGAAGGGAGCCUGUAGCUCUCCAUGUCUGUGUGGAAUUUAUUCCACUCCCCCCUUCCUUCCUCUUACCAAUUAGACUAGAGUAACUCUUCUGUGCUUCGAAGCUUUGCUUUCAGUCUAGCUCCUCUGAACAAAAUUAUCUGAGCAUUUUUUUUUUUAAAUGGUGCCAUCUUUUUUUUUUUUUUUUUUUGGCAAAGAGAAAAAAAACCACACACACAACCUAGGCUUGGAUAAUAAGCUGGCUGCCCUUAUAGUCUGUGUGCUUGUAAAGCUUCAACUUUUUACUUUACUGUUUUUUAAAAGAAAAAACAAACUCUAUUUGCUGUCAAAAAUGUUCACUCUCCUGCCAAAAUAAUCAUCAUCUCGAUUGCAUGAUGGCCCUGUAAGAGAAGUGGGUUGUGUCACAAGCAAAUUUCCUUAUAAAAGCUGGGCCGUGGAAUAGCCCCAGAGGUCUCUCCUUUAGACAGGUGCCUUUGGGAAAGACUAUAACUCUUUGGAAGCAGAUCCUGUCUAGUACUUAAGGUGGAGUAGAGAAAUAUAGUCUCUCGCAGUUCAACUUUUUUAUUUGAUUUUAUCUGACAUGAUUGGGAUGCCCUUCUGGUGAUACUCGUCUCAUUCUGUUUUUCCUUGUAAACCAAACUUAACAUGAAUGUGGGGCAGAUUUUACAUAUAGUGUAUCCUGCAUUGAAGCUGAGCUUGGCUUGCAUAUUACUAAAAUCCAAUUUUUAAAUAUUAAAACACUUGAGCUAUAGUGAAGUAAUGCAAAGCUGAUUCUUCCCCCCUUCCCCCUCCUUUGUUUGAAAUGGAAUUCCUGCAAAUCUUCAAAUGUGACCUUGCUCUGCUGGAGAAAUAGAUACCUUUUUAAAACCGUAAUAAAAUAAAAUAAAAUAAAUUGA